AUGAUUUUUGAGGAGCAGAAUACUUGUUUUGGAGAAAUCCCAUCAGAAGAUGAAGUAAAAGUAGUGAUAUUUAGCCUUAAUGGGGAAAGUGCUCCAGGACCAGAUGGUUUCAUUGGGAUUUUCUAUCAAUCUUGCUGGGAGAUUAUCAAAGAUGAUAUUAUCAAUAAGGCAGGUUUUGUAAAAGGGAGAAGCAUAGUGGAGAAUGUUCUCCUUACUCAAGAGAUUGUAUCAGACAUCAGGCUUAGAACUAAAUCUGCUAAUGUUGUGAUGAAACUGGAUAUGGCAAAGGCUUAUGAUAGGGUUUCAUGGAUUUUUCUAAUGAAAGUUUUAAGAAAAAUUGGUUUUUCAGAGUUGGUGAUAGACAUGAUUUUCAGGCUGGUCAGUAGCAACUGGGGGGUUAAACAAGGAGACCCUUUAUCUCGUACUUUGUUUAUUCUGACUGCAGAAGUUCUCUCCAAGAAUCUGAAUUCCUUAAAUCUAAUUCCUCAUUUUAAAGGUUGUGGAAUGCCUAAAUGGAGUCCUAAGGUGAAACAUUUGUCAUAUGCUGAUGGCAUGAUAAUAUUCUCCUCAGCAGAUGUGUUCUCUUUGCAACUUAUCAUGGAAGUCUUGAGAAAAUAUGAGAACACAUCUGGGCAGAAGAUUAAUAGGGACAAAAGUGUUGUUUAUAUGCAUAAAAAUGUACCUGGGGACGUGAGCAUUACUGUUGAAAUUGUCACAGGCAUUGUGAGGAAGGAUUUCCCUUUGAUCUAUCUAGGGUGUCCUAUUUAUCAUAGUAGGAGAAGAAAGGACUUUUUCACUCAUAUUCUUAUGAAGAUUAUGAAUAGGCUACAAAGCUGGAAAGGGAAACUAUUGUCCUUUGGAGGAAGAACUAUCUUGAUGAAACAUGUUUUACAGAGUUUGCCAAUUCAUCUAUUAUCUGCAGUUAACCCUCAUAUAGGUGUUAUCAGACAAAUGCAUAAAAUGUUUGCCCAAUUUUUUUGGAGUAACACCAUAGGGGGUAAAAGCAGACAUUGGGCCUCUUGGAAUCAUUUGUGUCUACCUAUAAUGGAAGGAGGGAUGGGUUUCAGAUCACUCCAUGAUGUUUCUAGUGCCUUAUUUUGUAAGUUGUGGUGGAACUUCAGGACUAAGCCUUCUCUAUGGAGUGCUUUCAUGGUUAACAAGUAUUGUAGAAAGGAAAGUACUGUAACUAUACAGUGGAAGCAUGGAAUGGGUGCAUUGUAUUUUACUGUGGAUGGAUUUGAUGAAAACAUUCAAAAUAUUUUAGAUGUAGUGGAGAACGGAAAUUGGAACAUGACAAAGUUGAAUAGGUUAUCUAUAGAAGGACUGACUUUACAGCAGAUAAUUGUGAAAUGGUGGACUGCACCAGUUAAAGAAAGAGGGAAGCUUAGUUUUCAAGCUAUUCCAGCUAUCAUCAUGUGGGAGAUAUGGAAAAGAAGAAACACAAUAAAACAUGGAGGGAAAAGAUCAGUUAGGAGAGUCAUUUACUUAGUCUAUGUUAUUAUACAAAGACUAGUAAUGACAAGGAAUCCUUCUAUCACUCAAGUACCUCACAAAUGGCCAGACUUGAUUCAGAUGUUAGAGGAAGGGUGUGGAAGAUUGAAAGUUACGAAGGUGAGGUGGAAUGUUCCUCCAACAGAGUGGCUUUUAUGUAAUACAGAUGGGGCUUCAAGGGGAAAUCCUGGUAGGAAUGCAUAUGGAUUUUGUUUGAGGAAUAGUGAAGGGGGUCUGAGGUAUGCUCAUACUGCUGAGAUUGGCAUAACUACUAAUAUUUAUGCUGAGGUAAUGACAAUACUGCAGGCCAUGAGAUUUUACAAAAAUGAGAAUCUUGACAAUGUUAUAGUUCAAACUGAUUGUGAACUAGUGUGUGUACAAGAUUUUACAGGAAGGGUGGAAACCUCCUUGGGGAACAAACUUGCUGAUGCUUUGGCUAAUCAGGCACUAGAUGAAGCUAAUUUUGAAUGCCAUGGAUUUCAACAGUUAAGUUCAACAUGUAGAAAGAUCCUCAACAGUGACAAAUCUCAGAUUCCUUAUAUGAGAGUGAGGAUAAAGAAAUAA